AGAGAGAGAGAGAUCUGGGGACAGUGUCAGCAGGAAGACGGAAGAGAAGCUCUGAAUGCAUUUUAUUUAAAUGAUUCAGAAAGUGAGAGACCCAUAACACGGGGAUCUGGACAUGGAGCACUUCAUUGAUAGACACCGGGCAGCUCUGAUAAGCCGGGUCCCCUUGGUGGAGCCCAUCCUGGAUCAUCUCCUGCAGAAUGAUCUGUUGAUAGAAGAACAGUACGACAAUGUGCGCAGUAGGCCAACAUCUCAGGAGAAGAUGAGACAACUCUACCAGUAUGCCAGAGGUUGGGCUAAUCCCGACAAGGACAUCUUCUAUGAGGCGCUAAAAACAUGUAAUGGGCCUCUCAUCCAAGACCUGGAAAACUCUGAGAUAGUACCAAGAGCCAAAAAACCAAAGCUACAAGAAACCUGCACAGUUGAUGGAUCCUCACCAAUGGAACAUUCAACGAAACAGGAAGAGAAGGCAAAGAAUAAAGGACUGGCACCUACCUACCUGAAGGAUGCACUAAGCUGUUUAUGUUGUGUGGACAUCUUCAAGGAUCCAGUGACCCUGCCAUGUGGACAUACCUACUGUUUGGCCUGCAUUACCAAAACCUGGGAGAACCAGCAUGAGAGAGAAGCGUCAUGUCCUGAAUGCAUAAGACCGUAUCUGAGGAAGCCUGAGCUAAUGAGGAACUUCAGAUUGUGUGAAUUAGUGGAGGCCUACCGGCUUCAUGCAGAAGAUGCUUCCCAUAACACCGAAUAAUACGUUGCUAUAGUACAGGGGUCUCCAAAAAUGUUAAACAAAGGGCCGGUUUAUUGUCCUUCAGACUUUAGGAGGGCCGGGUUGUGGCCAGCAGAAGUAGAAAUUGUCCUAGCAUCAGUGGGAGUAAGCAUCCCCACAUUUGGUAUUGGGGGGGGGGGAGAGAGAGUGCCCCAUUGGCCCGGAUU